AUGAAUAACUUCCCAAGGGUUCUGAGAAACAUCCCGAGACCCCAUCGGGUCGAAAUAGAAGAUUCGCUCUUUUCUCCAGGUCCAAGGUGAGUAAUAUCGUCACUGUUAAAUCUUUUUUAUAUAUUAGUUUGCGAAGAGGUCAACAGUUGUGGAUUUGUCAUCUAUGUAUGGGGGUUCUUAAAGAAGAUACUGGGAUUAUAUGUUGUACUGGAUGCAAGACGUUGUUUUGUGGUCCUUGUAUGCCUCAGACCACUGUUCGCUGUAGAUCAUGUGGAAGGAAACGAGUUCAAUUUAUCAAGACGAUUUUGACAACAGGUGGAGAUUCGGAUGACGAGGAAGAGGUAAUUUUCGUUAUAUUAAGCGUCUAAUCCACGAUUAAUUCAGUCUCUGGAAAUGGAACAGGACGUCCAACGUUUACAGAAGGAAAUUGAGAGUAUUCAGAAACAAAUGGAUUCCGACGCCAUUAAUUUUAGAGACAGAAGGGUAAUAGUAAGUAUUUCCUUCAGGCGAUUUCUUAUGCCGGGUUUGCCCGUUAUGACUAUGCUUUUUUAGUUGGAAUCGAAGUUAACGGCGUUUGGAAAGGGAGGGGAGAUGGCGGCAGCCAAGGUCUCCAACGUAAAGAACCGGAUUGCACAGAUUAAUCAGAAAAUCAAAAUCUCCAAUUAGUAAGUAUCUAAAACUAUUCGAAACUUUAAAUUUUAGUGUGAGCGCUAUGGAUAACGGGGUCGUGGUUCCUUGGAAGGUAAGCCCGAACGAAGGAGGAAUUCUGAUGGACGUUUCGUUGUGGUAAGUAUCUCUUAUUUUGUGUGUAUUGUUUUUUUUUAGUGCUGAAAAAUAUUUUAAACAGCAAUGUUUGAAUCUCGAAAAAGAGAGCAAUGAUAGAAAAGCGGAACUAAAAAAUGUAGAAAGACGACAAAAGAAUUGCCAUAGUUUCUUGGAUGAGUUGAGGGAGGAUGUUAUCCGAGAGGAAGAAAUGGAAAAACUCGAAUCCCUGUAAGUUAAGGAAUUUCAAAGAUAUUACAGUAGAUUGGGCCCGGUUUUGUCCCCACCCCGGUUUUGUCCCCAAGACGGUUUUGUCCCCAGGACGUUUUUGUCCCCAGACCGGUUUUGUCCCCAGGACGGUUUUGUCCCCAAGACGUUUUUGUCCCCACUUUUUUUAUUUUUUUUCCCCACACCGGUUUUGUCCCCAGGACGUUUUUGUCCCCAGGCUGGAUAGUACGAUUAAAAAGCAUGCAUUCAGAUGUUAAUGCUGUUGGUUUGGUGCACAGUACUGCUCAAACAACAUGUUCUUAGCACUUGGUACUGUAUAGUACAAGGUGGUACUAUAUAGCACGAGGUAAAAAUUAAGCCAUAACGCGUGAAUGACGUUGUUUUGGUAUGCAGUACUGAUCAGACGUUCAUUUUGUACAAAAACAAAUUCGUGCUAUAUAGUACCAUGUGCUAAAACACAUUUUUGAGAAGUACUGGGCUUCAAACCCAUAGCAUUGACGUGUUAUGGCUUAAUUUUUACCUCGUGCUAUAUAGUACCACCUCGUACUGUACAGUACCAAGCGCUAAGAACAAGUUGUUCGAGCAGUACUGUGCACCAAACCAACAGCAUUAACAUCUGAAUGCAUAAUUUUUAAUCGUACUAUAUCGUACUAUCCAGCUUGGGGACAAAAACGUCCCGGGGACAAAACCGGUGUGGGGACAAAAAAAUAAAAAAAGUGGGGACAAAAACGUCUUGGGGACAAAACCGUCCUGGGGACAAAACCGGUCUGGGGACAAAAAGGCUCGAAAAAAGUGGGGACAAAAACGUCCUGGGGACAAAACCGUCUUGGGGACAAAACCGGGGUGGGGACAAAAACGUCCACUACGAUUACAGUAUCUCUCGUUUACCAACUUGCAAUUACAGUAUCUCUCGUUUACCAAAACGAAAGGCGGAGGAUGACGAGUUUGAUAUGGACGAGGGCAUCAACGCCGCCCACGAUUCAAAUAACUCUUUUCUCGGUGUGGAAAACAAGAAGCCAAGAUUGUCAGAAGAAGCUCUCAUUGUCAAUUUCGAUCAUUUAAUUGAACAAACAAAGUAA